AUGAACCAAUCCCUAAAUGAAGAAUACGAUAAAAAGAGAUUUAUAACAAUAAAAGAUAAGGAAAGAAAACAGAAAGCAAGGCGCGAAAUGACGGAUGAAAAGAAAAAAAUUAUACUAGAGAAAGAUAGACUGAAAAAACGUAUGCGCAAUGAAACAGAAACAGAAAUACAAAAGAUAGAGCGUCUAAAAGGAAAUUUGAUAUGCAAAAAAAAGAAACUAUCUAUAGAAUCUGAGAAUGAAAAGAAAAUAUGCAAAGAAAAAAAUUUGGCAUGUAAAAAGGCAAAAUUAUUUAUGGAAAGUGAAGAUGAAAAGAAGAAACGCAAAGAAAAUAAUUUGGCUUAUUCAAGUGUUGAAGGAAAAAAUUAUAAAGAAAAUAUUCGUUGUUAUAAUAAUUCGUUUGCUUUCGCCAGCAUGGGAGCUAAGUUAGAAAUUCCUAAAGGAUAUGGUCCCUAUGUUUUUCGUGUACACGGACAAGUGUAUCAUAAUACAUGUGCUCUUCAUCCUGAUGAUAAUGAAAACCGAAAGUAUGGACAGUUGUACAUUCUUGAUACCAAUGAUGCAGUGCUUGAACGAUUAAAGAAUAAAUGUAAUGAGAAAUGUUUAUCAUCAUUAAUGGAAGAAAUAGAUAAAUUAUUAAGAGAAAUUAAUCCUUAUGCUAAAGCAUUUCAAAUGAUGAGAGAGGUAGAAUUAGUAGAAGAAUCACUAGCAAAAUCUAAAAAUAAACCUAUAAGAAAUAUUGAAAUGUGGAUUAAACGCGACAGAUCAUUAAAUCAAAGUAAAUUUAAUGUUCCGUCUUGUAGUGAAGUAGCAGUUGUAUUUGUUAGCGAAGAUGGUGAACCUCCUAUGGAACGUGAUAUAUGUAUAUACCCAAAAUAUUCAAAGAGUGUUCCAAUUUCUAGUCUUAGUGAAAAUGUUGAUCCUAUGACAUAUCCUUUAAUGUUUCCUUAUGGAAAAUUAACUCAGCAAUACAUAGUUGAUGUCUGGUCGAAAGUAGAAGGUGAACGUUUAAAAUACAUUCGUUUACAACAAAAAAAGCUUCGAGCAGAAUUGUAUUGUGGAUUAAUGGAUUAUAUUCACAAUAAAGCAAAAGACGAAAAUGUCCGACCUGGAAAAAUGAUUAUUUUGCCAUCAACGUUUAUUGGAGGACCACGUUGUUAUCAACAAUGUUUUAUGGAUGCUAUGCGAUUAGUUCAAGAAUUUGGAAAACCACAUUUAUUUAUAACAAUGACAUGUAAUCCAAAGUGGCAAACCUUAGAUAAAAUGAUAUGUGCGGAAAUACCAGACGAAACGAAGAAUCCGGAACUUUUUAAUAUUGUAAAGCAAUUUCAAGUUCAUGGGCCAUGUGGUAAAGAAAACAUGAGUUCUCCUUGUAUGGAUCCUGAAAAGAAAGUUUGUACAAAACAAUAUCCGAAGCCUUUUUGUUCUGAAACAACUUAUGGUUCGAAGAAUUAUCCGGAACUCAGGCGAAGAAAUGAUGGAAAAAAAAUUAUUUUUUAUAAACAAGAUGGAUCAAUUAAAUGUACUGCUGACAAUUCGAUGAUUGUACCAUAUAAUCUUUAUUUAAGUAAAACAUUUAAAGGUCAUAUUUGUGUUAUACCAUGUGGUAGUACGGAUGGUAUUAAAUAUUUAUUCAAAUAUAUGCAUAAAGGUCAUGACACUGCAAUAAUAGGUUAUAAGGAUGAUAAUCAGGAAAUGGAAUAUGAUGAAAUUGAACAUUAUUUAAAUACAAGUUAUGUAUGUCCACCAGAAGCAAUGCAUAGAUUAUACGAAUUCAAUAUGCAUAAACAAUCACAUGCAACUUAUAGAUUAGCUGUACAUCUGCCUAAUCAACAAUCAGUAUGUUUUAAAGAAGGAUUAGAAGAAGAAGCAGUUAAUAAAUUUAAAAAUACUACAUUAACAGCAUGGUUCAAGUUAAAUGUAGAAAAUCCUGAGGCACGGAAGUAUUUGUACACAGAAAUACCACAUAAGUAUGUUUUUGUUGGAUCAUCUAAAACUUGGAAAAUAAGGGAACGAAUUACUAAACCUUUAAUUUGCCGCAUGUAUUUCGUAAGUCCGAAAGAUAUUGAAAGAUAUUUUUUGAGAAUCUUACUGCUUCAUGUACGUGGUGCUAAAUCGUUUGAUGAUGUAAGAACAUAUGAAGGUAUUACAUAUAAUACUUUUACAGAAGCAGCGCGUGCAAGAAAUUUGAUGGUAGAUGAUAGUGAAUGGGAUAAUUGUUUGACUGAAGCUGUAAGCAUGAAAUUUCCUAAAGAACUUUGUCGUCUAUUUGCAUAUAUAUGUGUGUUUGGAUUUCCUCUGAAUGCAUUUGAUUUAUGGAAUAAGUACAAGGAACACAUGAUUUUUGAUAAUAAUGUACCCGUAGAAGUAGCACUGCAACAAGCAUUAAUAUUAAUUAAUGAAGUGCUUAAUUUUCAUGGAUUUGCUUUAAAUCAAUUUGGUUUGCCUAAUAUUGUUCAACAAAUUCUUGAAGAUUAUAUUUUUGUCGAUAAAGAAGCUAAUGCAUUAGCAUUAAAAUUGCUAAAAGAAGAAGCUGAAAUACUCAUAAAAAGUUUGAAUAGUGAACAGCGCAAAAUUUUUGAUGAUGUCAUGGCAGCAGUACAUAAUGAUAAUUGCAAAAAUAGGUACUUUUUCCUUUCUGCACCUGGUGGCUGUGGUAAAAGCUAUUUAGAAAACACAAUUAUUACUGCACUUGAAAGUGAAGAAUUGGUAGUUUUAGCAGUUGCAUGGACUGGUAUAGCAGCUAAUCUUUUAAGAGGUGGACGAACUUCACAUUUAAUGUUUAAAUUUCCUAUACCAAUCAAUGAAGAUUCAACAUGCAAUAUCAGUAGAAUGUCAAAGCACGCUGAACUGUUAAGAAGUGCCAAAAUCAUUAUUUGGGAUGAAAUAACAAUGGCACCUAAAUUUGCUCUACAAGCAAUGGAGUCUAUGCUGCGAGAUAUUACACAAUGUAAUGAACCAUUUGGAGGUAAAGUUAUUUUGCUUUCAGGAGAUUUUCGACAAACAUUGCCAAUUGUUCCACAUGGUAGUCGCACACACAUUGUUGAAAAUAAUGAUGUAGAGUUUUCAAAUUGGUUACAAAAUGUUGGUGAUGGUAAACCUCAAUCUAUGUUUGAAAGAGAAAACAGUGUUUUAGAAAUACCACAGGAUUUAAUUUCUGAUGGAAAUUUAAUUGAUGAAAUUUAUGGAUCGUCAAUAAAUAAACAUGAUGAAUCUGUUCAUUCAGCUUGCAUUCUUUCAUUAACUAAUUCUGAGGUAUUAGAUUUGAAUGAACGUAUUUUGUUAAAAUUAGAAGGACAAGAAAUAAUUUAUUAUAGUAUUGAUUCACAUGUCGACGACGAUCGAAAAGAUGUAAAUAAUAUUGUUCCAAUAGAAUUUUUAAAUAGUCUAACACCAGACGGUUUGCCUCCUCAUAAAUUAUCUUUAAAGGGAUUAUGUAAUGGGACUCGAUUAGUUGUAAAAUCAUUAUUGAGAAACGUAAUUUCUGCAGAAAUAAUUACUGGAAAAUCUAAGGGAGAAAUAGUUUUUAUUCCACGCAUUGAUUUAUCUCCUUCACAAGACACAUAUCCAUUUAGAAUGAUAAGAAGACAAUUUCCAGUUAGACUUGCUUAUGCCAUGACAAUUAAUAAAUCUCAAGGACAAUCUUUUGAUAAAGUAGGAAUAUAUUUACCAAUUUCAGCAUUUGGUCAUGGUCAAAUUUAUGUUGGUUGUUCUCGAGUUAAAUCUAAGGAACAUUUAAAAAUCUAUGCUCUUCCUUCUGCUGUUGGUUCUUGUAGUCUUGGUCAUUGGAUUUGCACUUAUUAUGAUGGAUUAAGGCUUUAUAUUUAUGAUAUUCUUAAUAAAGGUUGUUUAAAUGAGGAUCAAAUAAAAUAUUUAGAAAGAUUAUAUCCCUUUAAACCAACCGUAGUUUUUGCAAAAGUUCAUCAACAACCGAAUGUUAAGUUUGAAGGAUUAUUAGAUAUUGAUGAUGAAAUUAGUGUUACAAAGGUAGAUAAUAUAAAUAUUUCAGAUCAUAUAAAAUUACGAGAAGAAACUUAUGCGAAUUUAAAUUUAAAACAAAAAGGAAUUGUUGAUUUUAUAUUGAAUGUAGUGGAGGAUUCUUCUACUGAUGGUUCUAAAUGCUUAUAUGUAAAUGGUCCUGGAGAAAUUGUUGCGUCCUUACUUCCAAGCAGUAAAACUCUUCAUACAGUUUUGGGCUUACCUGUUCCACUGUAUAGUGAUUCAUCUUCAAAUAUAAAAGAGCGGUCUAAAGAAACACAUUUUUUGAAAAAUAUUGAUGUUUUUAUUUGGGAUGAGGCGCCAAUGACUCCGAAAUCUUCUCCAUAA